UGGAACCUCAGCGUGUAGAUAACGAUUUAGAGUGUAAGAAUCAUAUCUGUUUGAGAUCAAGUCGCGUCUGUCUCGUAUUUCUAUUCGACCCUCACUUUGACCGCCCCGACGGUUAGUUCCUGUACAUCAUGUAAAGGUGCGUUCACAUUGAUUGUCACUAUAUAGCCUUGUGUUGCCAAAGCUCGCGACGGCAUCCGUGACCCUCGCAGUAUUACGAAAAGACGAAUCAGUGGCUCCGAGCGUGACCUUCCACGCCCAAGGCAAGAAAUCGCGUUCAGGUGCACGUGACGGCUUGAUCGAUAAAGCACGAAGCGCGUCGCGCUCCCCUCGCCACACGCGACUCAAGAAGAAGAAAGGGGAUACGCUACCGGUUUUUAUUUCGCACUCAAGUAAGAGCGUUCCACUGCACGUGACCAAGGCAUUGCUUGGAGUACAACGCUCCGCGAAGGCACCGAUUCGCACCUCGUCUCGCCACGAUCGUGUCGCACCACAGAACCAAGAUGUGGCAAAUUAUAACCCUUCUACUGGCGGCACGAGUCAUCUACGGCACCGAGGAAAGUUUAGCAAAACCUACGCGGCCUGUUAUGACCGACUCCGGAGCUAUCACCGGUAAAGUCAUUACUGUAGGCAACAGGUCGAUCGAUGCUUUCUUGGGCAUACCGUACGCAAAACCUCCCGUCGGAGAUCUUCGCUUCAGAAAGCCCGAAUACGUUGCACCAUGGAAUGGAACCUACCAGGCAAUAGCAAGAACUCCACCCUGCUGGCAAACUGCACUGCGCUUUAUAGAGGACGCUCCAGUGAACUAUUCUACCAGUGCUUCCGAGGAUUGCCUCUACCUGAACAUCUGGAAGCGAUCGUCCACUUGUUCUAGUUCGGAAAAGUGCAACGAAAAAAGGCCAGUCGUCGUCUUUAUUCAUGGCGGAGCUUUCCAGUGGGGCGAUUCUUCUCUCUUUGUGUAUGACCCGGCCAAUUUCGUCGCGCUCUCCGACGUAGUGUUUGUGACUUUUGAUUACAGAGUGAGCAUUUUCGGGUUUCUCUCUCUCGGAAAGCCUGAACUGCCCGGGAACUUUGGUCUCUGGGACCAGUACCUUGCUCUGAAUUGGGUGCGAAAAAACAUCGCAAGCUUUGGGGGUGACCCGGAUGAAGUGACCUUGAUAGGUCAAAGUUCUGGUGCAAUAUCUGUGGGCUUGCAGGCAUCCUCUCCUAAACAACAGGGCCUGUUCAAGAGAGCCGUCCUUAUGAGCAGUACUCCACUCUCCCUGAUUCUCGGCUUCUCGCACAGAGGUGUGGGCAAAUUCAUUCACGUUGCAGGAGCAUUGGGUUGCUAUAAUCAAAGCCAAAACGUCGACGAGCAACUCAACAGUGUCAUGUCAUGCUUACGUAAACUUGACCCGUCGUUUAUCAUGCGGACCAUAGAGACACUUGAUCACACCAACCAGGUAUUUGUGCCCGAGUACGGUGACGAAUUUUUUCCGGAGCACCCAUUGGCAGCGAAAACAUGGGCGAAUCUACCCUUCAAGCAAGUCAUUCUGGGUACAACGACCGAUGAAGGUACGCUUGUGUUGGACAAUAUCCAAUACUCUUCACCAGCGUUGAAACAUAUAUUGGCCACAGACUACAGGCUGGCAAUGACCAUUGCUUUGCAGCCCGUUUUCGGUAUUUCCGUAUCUCGUGCUCGACCUAUUGUCGAUGCGUACUUCGGAGGACCUGACGUGCAGCACAGUAGUGAAAGUGUAAUUAAGAUUGCCAGCGAGCUCAUCGGCGACGGUGUGUUUUACUGUCCUGUGAAGCUGAUGGCAGAUGUCGCGGCUCGUCAAGGCAUCGACACCUACCGAUACUUGUUCGCGCACAGGUCAUCGUUUAGUUUCUGGCCUGAGUGGAUGGGUGUCACCCAUGGCGAUGACACGACGUACGUCCUAGGUUCCCUUCCUUUCUUGAAGGACGAAAGUCGUUACACCAAGGCCCUUGGUGACGUUGGAAUCAAGAAACUUCGACGACUCGACUACACAUCCAAGGAAGAAAACUUCAUGCAGCAAAUAGUAGCCAUCAUUAGCUCCUUCGUUGCCACAGGAAAACCUCAGCUUCACGUCUUGGGAAAGGAAUGGCACCAGUACAGUCCAUCUGAUCCUGUUGUGCUCCAACUUCGUCCUGGAAAUAUUUCCGAAGUGAAAGAAAAGAAAGACAAAUGUGAACUGUGGCGACCUCAUCUUCUGAUGGAGUAAUUACUAAAAAUUCAUCGUUCUGCAUAUCAAGUGUCAAACAACUUUUGCAUAGAUCUCACGAUGUGUUUAAACACAUUAUUCAUGUAUCAUGUGCAUGAUAGCUCAUUGCAUGUCAUAAAUUUAAGACACUAAAUGAUAAACCAUGGGCAUUAAUCGCCGUGUGAAGCAGCGAUACAAACAGAAAAUAUGAGUAAUAAAAAUUUUCAUCUUUGUGUUUUU